CAUAAUUCUCUCAACCUUAUAAUAUUACGAGUAGUAGUGAGUUUCUCCAUUGAGGACCAUUGGGUCAUCCCUAUUCACUAACCUAGCCCGACUACCCGCCCAGCAAACGGAACGGACCACACACAAAACCCGAGAACUUUCGCGGCUAUAUACAAUCAACAAAUUCCUUCCCAUAUAUCCUUACUCCCCUUUUUCACCAUCUUCAUCGCAAAAUAAAAUUAAUAAAAAAAAACCCUAAAAAUCAUAAUAUCAUAAUCCUAAUUUUAAUUAAACCUAAUAAUCAACAAACGAAACAUAUUAUCAAUGAAUCAGCAGCAGCAGGUGAGUGGAGAUGGAUUAUCAAUGAAUCUUGCUGGCAUGUCUAAAAAUCAACUUUACGAUAUCAUGUCCCAAAUGAAGGCAUUAAUAGAACAAAAUCAAGACCAAGCAAGGCAAAUCUUGAUUCAAAACCCUUUACUCACAAAAGCCCUUUUUCAGGCACAAAUAAUGCUAGGAAUGCUGCAGCCGCCUCAAGAGAUACCUAACAUUCAACCAACCACAACCCAGCAUCCUCAGCAAUUGGCACCGCCAGCUCAGCAGUCAAAUGCUCAAGCCACUCCAUUGCCUGGUCACAGUAGUUUACGGGACCAAACAAGUGUACCGAUGCCAUCUUCAGCACUGCCAACUCAGCAGUCGAACCCUUCAUUACUAUCACAUCCGUUACCACCAACACAACAUAACAGAGGUCAUGUCAAUGCCCAAUCAGUACCGAUUCAAUCCCCGCAGUCUGCUCAACAUUCAAAUAUGGCUUCUCUUCCGUCUCAUUAUUCUACUCAGCCACAGUCAGUUAUUCAACCCACUUUGCCUGCUGCAUCAGCCCCAUUGCAGCAGCCUUCACAUAUAAGUAGCAUGCCUCAUGUGCCCCUUCAACCCCCACUACCACCCCAACCUAGACCACCUUCUAUGCCGCCUUUCCCUCAUCAAAAUUAUUCUCACAUGGGACCCAAUGCAGGUUUUCAGCACCCAGGGGCACCACAACUGCACCAUUCACAACCCAUGUUCCAUUCAGGUUCAAGACCUUCUACCAGCAUGGGCCCUCCUUUCUCUCAAGGACAGCCGCCGCUACCGAAUCAGCCGCCAUCCCAAGCAUUGUAUCAGGGAGGAAGUUCACAUGUUGGGAUGGAUUACAAUCAAAUGGGAAUCUCUCCACAACCUGAAAGAGGAUCGAGUUGGAUGCCUGGUAUAUCUGACAAUGCAGCAGGAACACAGCUCCCUGGACUGUCUCAGUCAUUUCUUCCCACUCAUAUGGGCCCAGGCAGUCAGGCUUCUCGACCUGCAGAAUUAACUCCUGCAGAGAAAAAUGCACUGCUACAACAAGUCAUGAGUCUCACACAAGAACAGAUUAAUAUCCUACCACCGGAUCAGAGAAACCAAGUGCUUCAGCUGCGGCAGAUGUUGCGCUAGUAAGAUUGGUAUCACAGAGCAGCGAGAUCAAGUUUGAUAAAGGAACAAACAUCAGAUUGCUUUCAAGCUUUUUUUUUUCCUUCCAUAUGUUUCUAUUGCAUUUUGAUUGCCAGAUUAGUUAUUUAAACCUCGAACUUGGUCACUAGAUGUGUUUUUUUUUGCAUUCUUGUUUUGGUUUUCGAUGUUUUAUUUUGAUUUGGUCAAGUAGUGCGACUCUUUGCGAAACUCUUUUUGCUUCUCUUUGACAAUGCUGUUUUUGUAUGCAGAUAUUUAAAAGCAUAGAGAUUGAAUAGAUUCAUUUUCGAAAUC